AUGCACAAGCCCUCCGUCCUCCUCCUCCUGGUCUUGGCCACCCUCAACGGAGCCCUGGCCCUAGGAGAUUGGCAAUUCAGGGUGUACAACAAUGCCGGCAAGACUGUCGAAGUCCCCGUUAUCGGAAAGCGCCACUGCGUCUGUCUCGAGACCUCCCAGACGGCCAAGAUCAAGAACACCAACGGCGGUGUCAUGAAGUUGUUCUCGACAGAUGACUGCACAGGCAAUUUUGCGGUGCUUUCGAAGGGUGCCACUAGGAGCAAUGCGCAGUGGGUUAACAGCGCGAGUGUCGGAAAGGAUGGUGUCCCAUCUACGGGACCUUACGAUUGCUCGCGUAUCGUCUAUUAA